AUGGAAACCCGUCUUCGCUCCGUCCAGCGGUUCAUCACCGACCACGACCCCCAAGGCCGCACCCGCGUGUCGCAUCUCCCCCCGCUAGAAUGGCAACAGCUCGCAAACGGCGACCGGUUUGCCCUCGGGUAUGCGACCAACACGAUCCCCGUGCAGAUGAACGGCGACGCCGACAGGGCCGUGUACAACUCGUAUCUCGCGGACCUUCCGGGCGUGUGCAUUCCCGGCGGCACCGUCCUGCGCCUUGUCGACAUCAACCCCGGGGGAGUCUCUCCCAUGCACCGUACCGUCAGCCUAGACUACGGUGUCGUCCUCGAGGGGGAGGUCGAGCUGGUCCUCGACUCGGGCGCGAAGCAGCUGUUGAAACGGGGGGAUGUUGUUGUCCAACGGGGCACGAACCAUGCCUGGCGCAACACCAGUUCGACCGAGUGGGCACGCAUGCUCUAUGUCCUGCAAGAGGCACAGCCUUUGCUGAUUGAGGGGGUCUCCUUGGAGGAGGACUACGGGGGGGGGAUGGACGAUGUCAAGCCGAGCAAUACCAGAUAG